CCGCUGCCGCGGUCUCCCGCGUUGUGCCACAAACAGCGAGCGUCUCCUACCGCAACCAAGUGCCCUCAUUAUUUUUAUAUACAUUGUUUUUUUAAAAUCUAAGCGAAAGUAAAACAGGCGGAGGAGGAAGAGGAAGGAAGGGUGUUGGUCGCCUGGAAAAGCGCUUUCGUAGACGUCUGGGGAGUUCUCGGUUCACCCCAGCCAGAGUUAGGAGGACGGGCUGUUCUGUUCCCUGGCUUUGAAUUGGCUGCCGCCAACCCGCCAAGACUUUCACAGGUGCAAACAGGUGGGAGGGAGACCCUUGUGAAGGCUCUUCUCUGCCUGCAGGCUGGCUGGGAAAACUGACGGUAGCUGUUGAGGAACAUGCCAUUUUGCCGAGACUUUGGCGGCUGUGCUCUAUUGCUUAAAUUGCCUCUCCAGCCAGCGUAGCAUACAUGGGUCAUCGCCCCUCUUCCUGCUCCCGCGCUUUAAGCCUUGUGAGAAAACACACUUGAGGAUGUUUGCUUCCAGUAGCAACCGCAUGUCAUUAUGAAAAAUUAUUUAUGGAACUCUUUAAGUAAUGAGUUUGCAGUCACCAUCUUUGUUCUGUUUUUGCAGUUACGAUGCUCAUAUCUGCUACAAGUACAAACUCGUUCCUACUGGCAUGCUGUGAUACAGGAUCUGAAAAAUAUUAAAACCGAUUCCAAGGUUGGUGCAUUAUUAUAUACUCCAGAACCUGAUUCUCAGGAGUGUGAAGUAUCAGUGAUGAGGUGCUUUCUCCUUGAGAUGAAAGUAAUCUUGCGUGAAUCUGAACUUGUACAUGAUUCGACAUUAUACAAGAGCAUGGUUAAUGUGUUUGAAAAUAGCAAGAAGAGUUUACCAGCUCAUGUUGAACAGGACAUUGCUACAUCCAAGUGCCGGAAAUGUGAAACAUUCGAAGAAAAAACCUGGACAGAAUUCAUUGAAAACUUCAAGAUUAUUGUGCAGGAUUUAUAUAAAAGAACUCAUAAAUCAUCAUAGAACUGUACUAAGAAAAUGUUUAACAAACUACUCCAGUGUAGAACAAAGGACUCAUUUCCUGGCUCCUCAAAAUGAAGAACUGGACAAAUAUAGCAGGGUCAAAAUAGAAUAAAGGCUGGUGAGCAAAGUCAUUGCAGAUUUGGCACCAAUCCUCCUGUGUAGCUCAGGAUACCCUCAUUUAUAAAAUGGAGAUAAGUCUAGUGUGGCAUUAAAAUAUAUGUAUGUUUGA